AUGAUUGCAGCAGUGGAGUCGGUCAUUAAUCAAACGGAAGCGGCGGAGGAGACGAAGAACCUUAUCCGACACCAAGUGUCAUCCCUCCUUAUAAAUUACAAGCCCACGAAAUACUCCCGAAGGUCGAACGCGAUGCACUUAGAGAACUCAAGACCGACAAGGACAUCGUCAUUGUGCCCGCGGACAAGGGGCGUUCCACCGUCGUACUGGACAGAACAGACUACCUUCAGAAGGCCAAAAACCUACUGGAGGAUCGCCAAUUUUAUGCCCCAUGUGAAACCAACCCCAUAAAGACGCUGACACGCGAAAUUAAUGCGACACUGUCGGCAGUGGGGAACUCGAGUGCAAUAACAACGACCGAUCGACGCGUGGCGAGAGCCCAAGAAACGGCCGUGGCCCGAUUCUAUGGUCUUCCCAAGGUGCACAGGGAGGGCGUUCCUCUCCGGUCCAUUUUAUCUCGCAAAGACACUCCAGCGUACGGAAUGGCAAAGUGGCUGUUUCAGCGCCUCAAAUUUCUGACUGCUGAUUCGUACACCACCGUCUGUUCGUCAACACAAUUCCUGGAGAAGCCUAAAGAAAUAAAUCUCUUGUCAAAUGAGGUCAUGGUAUCUUUUGAUGUCACGUCCCUCUUUACUUCUAUCCCCCAGGAUCUGGCAAUCGAGACCGCCCAAAUACUCCUACGAAACAAGUACAAUGAAACGGAGAAUCGUCUCGGGCAUGCCUAA